AUGAAGAUCGCGUUGCUGCAGUUUGACCCAGAUGUGGGUACCGUGCAAGCGAACAUCAAGCGGGCGGACGACCUUCUGCAGCGGUCAAAGAUACCUGUGGAUCUGGACUGGCUGAUAUUGCCAGAAAUGGCCUUCUCAGACAAUUCCACCGUGACAAUCUCGCCGAUUGGCCAAAUUCUCCAGAAUUACAGGAAGUCAUUCCUCUACUACACAGAUGAGACGUGGGCAGCCGAACCUCCCGCCCGCUUCCAGAUCGAACAUCUCAACAAACUCGGCCCCAUCAUCCAAGGCAUCUGCAUGGACAUAAACCCGCACCGCUUCCUCGCCCCCUGGUCAGACUAUGAAUUCGCGACUGCGGCGCUGGCAUCUGUUCCUCCCAGACCCAUGAUUACUCCAGGCGAGGCUGCUCCACCAAGGGAAACCCCUCUCAUCGUCGUCUCCAUGGCGUGGCUCUCUUACCUCACCGCCUCCGAAAUCGCAUCCGAUCCCACCUCCCCCGAUGUCGCCACAGUCGCCUACUGGGUCGAACGAUUCCAGCCUAUCGUCGAGCGCAGCAAAGAAGUGCCGGGACCCUGGUACGUUGUGCUAGCUAACAGGUGUGGCAGGGAGAAGAGCGUAUGCUAUGCGGGGAGUAGCACGGUGAUCAAGGUCGAAGAUGGGGGUGUGAGUCUAUUCGAGACCUGUGGGAGGGGCGAGGAGAGGGUUUUGUGCGUGGAUUUGGAAGGGGAGCCGAGGUUUAGUGUUAGGAGUGGGCGGUAG